CCAACUCGCAGGCAGGAAGAUCGGUCCCAAGUGCCCCGCAAAGCCGCGGGCCAGGUGGCGACCCGGGCUGUGCUGGCUUCCAAGCCUGCGAGCCAGCCCGCGACCACGUGGGGCAGUGGCGGCGGCGCGGGCGGAACCCAGGCUCCGCGGCUUGCGGCCUGCCCGGGCCUCUGCAGCGGGGGCGCCGGCGGAAGUGGGGACACCAGUAGACGCGGACCUCGGUCUGGCGGCUUCUCUGUUGACAACUCAGCUGGUUCCACACCCUGGCAAUUGUGAAGAGUUGGGCAAAUGUUUGUCCACUGAGCUGAUCUCUUCUCUGGAGCACCGAGGCCACCAGGAGGGAGCCAAGACAAUGCAAACUCCAGUGAACAUUCCCGUGCCUGUGCUCCGGCUGCCCCGGGGCCCUGAUGGCUUCUGCCGUGGCUUUGCCCCUGACGGACGCAGAGCCCCCUUGAGGCCAGAGGUUCCUGAAAUCCAGGAGUGUCCCAUAGCUCAAGAAUCCCUGGAAUCCCAGGAGCAGCGGGCACGAGCCGCCCUUCGGGAGCGUUACCUCCGCAGCCUGCUGGCCAUGGUGGGUCAUCAGGUGAGCUUCACGUUGCACGAGGGUGUGCGUGUGGCCGCCCACUUUGGAGCCACCGACCUGGAUGUGGCCAACUUCUACGUGUCACAGCUGCAGACUCCCAUAGGUGUGCAAGCAGAGGCGCUACUCCGAUGUAGUGACAUUAUUUCAUAUACCUUCAAGCCAUAAAGAUAUUGUGUUCACUUUUCUGCUUGAGGCUAAGGGACUGUAUCCCAGGCCUCCCAAUGUUCCCGAGCCAGGAACUCUGGGCACCAUGGAGUUAUGAGCUCCCUUGGAAUUUUGAGCCAAGCCUUAAGCAAGUCUGGACUCCUGAGACCUCCUGGGUCUAGUCAGUAAAACUCUGCAACUCUAGGAAUUCUAAGAUCCCAUUGGAAGGAAUGCUCUACCUCACAGAACUCUGAACCCUACAGAAAUACGGGCCUGCUGCCAUUUCCUGAAGACCGGGGCAUCGGGGUGGGGUGAUAAAGGAUACAACCUGCACAGGGGGAAGUUAUUAAAGAGGCUGCAAAGUCCAGCCACCCUGAAGAUACUCCCCAGUGCUCCCCUCCUGCUAAAGAACCAGUUACCCCAGGAAAA